AAAUCAUUUAUUACUCUAACGCUCACUUUUCUAAUUGCAAUCAACUGGCUCUUGGCGCAUCCUGCACUUCUUCAUCUCUGGAAUCGCUUUGAAGCGUUCGAGUUCAUCAAGACCAUCCAGUAAUGAUCACACCAUCACUAACGAUGCAAUCAUUUCUCUUCUCUUUCCAAUUUUCACGGAUUUUCUUUUUUUUCUCCUGCUUCCAGUGGUUGCUCAAGCGUACAAAGUCGACGUCGAAAUGCUGGCAGCGUCCCGAGGCUGUACCGCAAUUCUGCGUUGUGUAGUGCCUAAUUUUGUUAAGGAGCUAGUACGGGUGGUGUCCUGGGUGCAGGAGCCUGCCUUCUACAUCUAUCCCUCGCUACAGGGUGAUGGAAAAUAUCACCUGCUUCCCACAGGCGAGCUUCUAGUGCACAAUCUAGAGUAUAACGACCGGUAUCCCUCGUACCGGUGUAGGACGAUGCACAAACUGACGCGGCAGGUCGUCACCAGCAGUGCGGCGAAGAUCCGAAUGAACGCACCGCCACAAGCUGCCUGA